UUUUGCAAGUGUUUUUUUAUUGGUACUCGCAGUAUUAGUUUAAUGCAAACCAUCCUGAAAUGUUUGUGGAUGAACUAACGCGGCACAUUACCACAAGCACACCAUCCCCAUGGUGGAACAUGGUAGUAAGGGCGUCAUGCUGAGGGGAAGCUUUAAAGUGGGAUAGGGAAGCUGGGCAAAGUUGAUACAGGGCAGUUGUGAAAGAAGACCUGUUAUAGGCUAAAGGGGCUGAGGUUUUGCUUCCAGCAGGAAAGCAUUCUAGAUCUAGCCAGAUCUAGAAUGAAAUAGUUUAGAUCAAAGUAUAUUCAUGCCUUGGAAUGACCCUGUAAAACGUUAGAUUUGUAAAGCUUGAGCAUCUGCGUAAGGGGUGGAAAGUUGUUGUCAGAUGCUGUUAAUUCCACUCCACUAAUUUUAAUUUCAUAUCACCAGCUUUUCCACCAUGAAGACAAAUAAGUCUUAUAAACUUGUACUGCACAAGAAAGGUUUUGGUGGAAGUGAUGAUGAGCUGGUUGUCAACCCGAAAAUCUUCCCUCAAGUUAACCUGGGGGACAUAAUUGAGAUCGCGCACCCUACAGACGAGUACAGUCCGCUUCUGCUGCAGGUGAAAAGCCUAAAAGAGGAUCUUCAGAAAGAGACCAUCAGUGUGGACCAGACUGUAGCACAGGCUUUCAAGCUUCGUGCCUAUCAGGAUGUUAUUGUAAAUAUCGUUGACCCGAAGGAUGUAACACUUGACCUUGUGGAGCUAACAUUUAAAGAUCAGUACAUUGGAAGAGGAGACAUGUGGAGGCUAAAGAAGAGUCUGGUGAGCACAUGUGCUUAUGUGACUCAGAAAGUGGAGUUUGCCGGAAUCAGAGCCCAGGCCAGUGAAUUGUGGGUGAAGGGAGAAAAAGUGACUUGUGGUUACAUUAGCGAGGAUACCAGAGUGGUAUUUAGAUCAACGUCUGCUAUGGUUUAUAUCUUCAUCCAGAUGAGCUGUGAGAUGUGGGACUUCGACAUAUAUGGAGAUCUGUACUUUGAGAAGGCUGUCAACGGUUUCCUGUCUGACCUGUUCACCAAAUGGAAGGAGAAAAACUGCAGUCAUGAAGUGACCGUUGUGCUUUUUUCACGCACAUUCUACAAUGCAAAAUCCUUGGAGGAGUUUCCUGAGAACCUGAGAGGAUUCAUGAGACAGAAUCACGAGGGACGCUAUUAUGAAGACUUCUACAGGGUGGUAGCUCAGAACGAGAGACGGGAUGAGUGGACAUCGCUGCUGGUCACCAUCAAGAAACUCUUCAUUCAGUACCCUGUUCUGGUGCGACUUAAAGAAGCAGAUGGUUUUCCCAUGGGCUAUAAUUCCACUGCUGUGCAGGGAAACUACCUGGAGGCCAUUAAUCUUUCGUUUAACGUGUUUGAUAAGCACUACAUCAAUCGUAACUUUGACCGGACCGGCCAGAUGUCAGUGGUCAUCACUCCUGGAGUAGGAGUGUUCGAAGUGGACCGUCUGCUUAUGAUUCUCACGAAACAGCGAAUGAUUGAUAAUGGUAUUGGUGUGGACUUGGUGUGUAUGGGAGAGCAGCCACUGCAUGCUGUGCCACUGUUUAAGUUGCACAACAAGGCGACACCCAGAGACUCACGUGCAGGAGACGAUUACAAUCUUCCACACUGGAUCAACCACAGCUUCUACACAUCCAAAAGCCAGAAUUCCUGUAACUCGUUUACUCCUCGGAUCAAACUGGCUGCUCGAAAGCCUCAUGCUGAGACACUGAAGAGCAGCAAAGACCACUCUCUGUGCUCACCGAAGGACUCGGACAACAGUCUACCUAUACAGGUAGACUACGAUGCCUAUGAUGCUCAGGUGUUCCGCCUUCCAGGUCCAUCACGAAUUCAGAGGAGCACCAACUUCAGGAUGGCUCGAGACAAAGAGACGAGUGCGAGAAAGAGCUGGGGCUCUGUUGACAUCAGCACAGGCAUAGGCACGUCUCCUCCUGUUCGCUCAGGGUGCGCAGAGGAACAGCAAAGCCUUGCCUCCGAUGAUAGUCUGGGCCCCGUGUCCAACAUGCUGCUGAUACCCCGGGGUCCUCCAGCGCAGUACGAAGUCAGUAGCUCUCUGGGAUAUACCAGCACCAGAGACUUAUUGGAGAAGAUUAUGGACUCUCAGCGGGACUCCAGUGCGCCAGGCAGGUUCACAGUGGGUAGUGCUGAGUCCACCCUUCAUAUCCGGCCUGGAGGUUACACUCCUCAGAGAGCUCUCAUAAACCCCUUCACACCAUCCAGGAUGCCUAUGAAGCUCACCUCCAACCGCCGGCGCUGGAUGCACACCUUUCCUAUUGGCCCCUCUGGAGAGGCAAUCCAGAUCCACCACCAGACCAGACAGAACAUGGCAGAGCUACAGGGCAACCAGCAGAAAGAUCCAACUCAUACUUCUGCUGAACUGCUGGAGCUGGCUUAUCACGAGGCCACGGGAAGGCGAACAACCUCAAGGCAAGCAGGCGAGAAUGGCCUUUACACCUGCGGAGUAACGGAAGAGUUCACUGGAAGCCCAGGGAGCAACAACAGCAGUGGAGCUCUGGGCAACCGAAGCUGCUCGUUCCAAGACUGUUCCAGCAGUGCUUCAGAUCCAACCCUGCUGCUGUCUGCACCCCCGACAGUGCCAAGCUUCUGCUGCACGGUGGGGGUGGACUGGAAGUCCCUGACUACACCAGCCUGUCUCCCCCUCACCACUGACUACUUCCCCGACCGUCAGACGCUGCAGAACGACUACACUGAAGGCUGCUACGACCUGUUGCCUCACAGUGACUUAGAAAGACGAGAAGAUGAAGCUCCAGUGAUGACAGCGUCUCAGGUGUUUGAAGAGUUUAUCUGUCAGAGGCUGAUGCAGGGAUAUCAGAUAAUCGUCCAGACAAACAACAGAAAGCUGCCACCUGUAGUGGCCACACCCCUUGGCAGUAGUCCUCUGUACACCCGAGGUCUGGUGUCUUUGCGUCGAGCGGAAGAGGAGGAGACAGUUUACUGGCUCAGCAUGGGACGCACCUUCCAUAAAGUCUGCCUCAGAGACAAGAUCAUCACUGUGACUCGCUACCUGCCAAAGUAUCCCUAUGAAUCAGCUCAGAUCCAGUACAGCUACAGCCUGUGUCCUCCACACUCAGAUGCUCAGUUUGUUUCCUGCUGGGUGGAGUUUGGACACGAGCGGCUGGAGGAGUACAAGUGGAACUACCUGGACCAGUACAUCUGCUCUGCUGGCUCUGAGGACUUCAGCCUGAUUGACUCCCUGAAGUUCUGGAGGACCCGCUUCCUGCUGCUGCCAGCUGGAGGCGCUCGGCGGGUGGCGGACGGAGAGGGGCGCUGGGACGUGUAUGGGGAGGGAACGGGGGCUGGGAUGGCUGGCUGCGGGGACUGGCUCCUGUUGGAUGGCUUCAUUCGCUUUCUGGAGGGGCUCAACCGCAUCCGCCGACGGCAUCGCUCUGACAGGAUCAUCAGGCAGAAGGGCGCGCCAAUGAAAGGGCUGCAGGUUACGAGUCCAAUUCCACCGUACCCACCUGAGCCUAUAGCACCUCCACAAGGAAAGAGGGGCACAUCUGCUUUGACAGCUUUGCUAGAGAUGGAGCAUAACCAGAAGACACUGGAGGAGCAGCAGCAGCAGCAGCAGUCCAAACCCUCCACAGCUGGGAGUGAUCUGUCAGGUGUGGCCACAGCUCUCACCUAUGUAGACAGCCCCCGUAAGGACGCUGCCUUUAUUUUGGAUUUUAUACGUAGCCCUCGCUCCUCCUACAUCUAUCAUUCUCAGCUGGCUGCAGAGACGACAGAGCCAGCAGAGAAAGGCGUGCAGCCUGCGGUGACAGCUGGAGCACAGAUACCUGCAGGGGAAACUGCAAACAGCAGCACAGACACCAGUGGGCCAUCUGCAGCAGGGGCUCUUAGUCUGUCCUCCUCGUCAACACUAAUGGAGAUCCUCGAGGCCAUAAAACACCCCACGACCGGAGUGCAGCUGCUUCCAGAACAGAAAGGCCUCCCACUCAACUGCUUCAUAAGCGCCGAAGUCGUUCAUUGGCUGGUCAACAAUGUGGAGGGUGUGGCCACACAAGGGAUGGCUGUGGAUAUCAUGCAGAAAAUGGUGGAUGAAGGUGUGGUGGCCCAUGCCUCAGGAGACGCCAUGCGAACAUUUGUCUACGGCUUCUACUUCUACAGAAUAGUAGGAGAAAAAGAUGGCCUGAGCUCCCAGCUUCAGACUCCAGCUGCUGGGGGCUGGUUGACUGCAGCAGUGGAGGAUUUUGCCCUUUUCCAGAGAAAGUGGUUUGAGGUGGCUUUUGUGUUGGAGGAGCGGCGGCCCUGUGACCUCCCGGCGUUCCUCUUGCCCUGGCUCCCCAGCCGGCCCGCCUCCUAUGCAAGGGCUUUGGAGCACUGCUUUGCAUCCAGCCGUCACUUCCAGCAUCUCUCUCCUUCAACUGCUCCUCAUGCCGUCCAGCUCACCUUCUUCUACUCCUUUCACUUCCUGUUGUAUUUCCUGUCCACCUCUGCCCCACUGUCCAUCUGUGCUGCAGCUGCUACAGUCCCAGAGCAGAAGACGGUCACGCUGGACGUGGACGUCAACAACCGCAGUGACCGAACAGAAUGGUGCAGCUGUUAUUACCAUGGCAACUUCUCUCUUAAUGCCGCCUUUGAAAUCAAGCUCCACUGGAUGGCUGUGACGGCUGCCGUGCUUUUUGAGAUGGUUCAAGGUUGGCACAGGAAAGCAGCCUCUUGUGGUUUUCUGCUGGUUCCUGUUCUGGAGUUUCCUUUUGCACUAACAUCCUAUCUCUAUGGAGACCCGCUGAGAGCCCAGCUCUUCAUCCCCCUUCACAUCCAUUGUCUGCUGAAGAACGGCAGCGACAACCUGUUUGAAGGUUUUGAACCAGAGACGUACUGGGACAGGAUGCAGCUCUUUCAGGAAGCCAUCCUCUACAGGUUUGGCUUUGUACACGACAAGUUUUCUGCAUCAGCUUUUAAUUUCCCUGCAGAGAACAAGCCCCAGUACAUCCAUGUUACAGGCACCGUCUUCCUGCAGCUGCCGUACUCCAAGAGGAAGUACUCGGGCGGGCAGACGCGACGCCGCAGAAACUCCACCACCUCCAACUGCCAGGGCCCGUUUGGUGGCGAGGAGAGGGUGGGCUAUUACUGGGCCUACAACACCAUGCUGACCAAAGCCUGGAGGACGGGGGUGUUGGGCGAUGAGCGGCUGGCCGACCGCCUGCUCAGGGACUUGACUGACUUCUGCUCUAACAAGGACAACAGACUGCAGAACUUCUGGGACAGCUGCCAGGAGAAAAUGAACGCCAGCGCCCCCUGACUGAAUACUUUGUUGAUUUUUCAUGAAUCGUGUAACAUGCUGAGCUGUUGCUGAGAUGAAUAUUUCAACUGACUGUUGCUGGUGAUGGCAGAAUAAUGUCAGAAUGGAGGAACCAGACUCCAUCCUCGUCCGUGUUGCUGUUUGUUGAAAUGGAGCCAUUUUGUUCCUUUAUUAUUUACCAGCAAUCUGCAGGGAGGAAAACCCGAAUUUAAGCCCAUCUGUCUGUUUGCUUUUUCUGACUGCUUAUUUAAAUAUAAGCUCUUCUAAUGAUGUCA